AUGGGGCCAGAGAAAUCGAUUGGGAAGAAGCAACCAGGAAAGAGAAAGGAUGAAGAAGCGAAAAAGAAGGACAGGUCGAAUUCUCAGGAGAUAAUGCAUGAGAAUGGAUACUCAAGAGACCCUUCCAGCCGCAGCGGAGCACUAGCCGGCAACGCGUCGCAGUUGCGCGAAAUCACGCGUUAA